UGAGAAUUGAGAGUGGAGCGGGAAAGGCACCACCGCCUUUUUAAAAACUGUUCCCAAAAAUUCCCGUUUUCAAAAGCAACUCAACAUCAUUUCAAUUUACUGUUCGCACUUUCCUUCCCUAAUCUUUUUCAAAAAUUUCCAAAGCCCCUCUUUCUCUCUCUCUCUCUCUCUCUCUCUCUCUCUCUCUCUCAACCGACCCUUCAAAUUUAGGGUUUUUCUCAGAGCGUCGAAAUCCGUUCGAUUCUCCGUGGAUUCCGGCGCGAUGCCGAAGUCAGCGAAGCGCGAACGGAUCGCGAGUCGAACCCGAGGCGUUGACGAUGCCGCGCAGCUCAGAGCCGUGAAGCGCGAGAAGGUCAACGCCGGCGACCGAGUGGAUGACGAGUCGUCUCGCCCGAGUGAGCAGGACGCCGUUCGGCGGCGGGCGCUCCGGUCCGACUACCUCGCCGUCAAGAACCUCAUCAGUGAGAAAAGGGAUGAUUUGAUGUGCCCGGAUUCGGAGAAGUUCGGACUUCUCAUCAAUGAAGUCGAGAAAUUGCAUGAGCAAGUUCAGAAGCCAAGGGAACAAGUAGCAGAUGCAGAGGCACUGCUGGACAUAACUAACACAUUGUGGACCUCUGUUAAGUCACAGUCCAGUGCCGGAAUUAGCCCGUCCGACUUUGUUACUGCUUUGCUUAAUGAUUUUAGCCAACCGAGAGGAGGGGAUGACCCUGUCUCAGUUAAUUGGAAGGAAAUUGGGUUGGCUGUUUUGCCCAUUUUCAAGAAUGCUCAUGGGUGUUGCACUAUGCUUGGACCCAUGAGUACUGAGUUGAAGCAAAGGAAGGCAGUGGUUCGCAGUAAACGUGUAAAGCCUACCACAACGGAUCGGCCUGAUGAGAUAGAUGAUACUCAGACGGAAGAGAAAACUGAUACUGACAAGAACAUGUCAACGAUAUUUGACAUUCUAAGAAGGAAAAAGCGGGUUCGACUUGAAGCUUUGAUAUUAAACAGAAACUCUUUUGCGCAGACGGUGGAGAACUUAUUUGCUCUGUCGUUCUUAGUCAAAGAUGGCCGGGUUGAAUUAUCUGUGGAUGCAAAUGGUUUUCAUACUGUUUCACCUAGGAAUGCUCCUUCUGCUGAGGAUGUGGCAUCACGGAAGGUGACUUACCACCAUUUUGUGUUCCGAUUUGAUUACAAGGACUGGAAGGUAAUGAUGGAUAGUUUGCCUGUUGGUGAGGAGCUGAUGCCUCAUAGAUCACCCGCAAACACCAUACCUGCCUCUCAAGAGGAACAAGCAGCAUACGAUUCCCAAACAGCCUUACCCACAACCCCGAUUCGAAAACUCUCCAGAAACCGUGGUCGUGUUGUGCAGGAAGAAUCUAUUGUAGAAGAAUCCCCUGAAAAUGAUGAUGCUACUGGAUCUAACGUCUUUCGCAGGUCUAAGCGCAAGCUUUAAUUCAGAAAUAGAUUUUGCCCCGAUCACUGCCAGUUUUAUGCAGGAUUAUUUUGUUCAGUUACAUGCUGAAUAUCUGUUUGUGUCCAAUAUUGUAUAUUUUGGAUAGGAAGAUUAGAAUUCGAUUUAGAAAUCUGUCGUGCAGUUGCACUAAUUAAGUUAGGUUUUCACACUGCUGUGUGAUCAAUUAUCAGUGUUGACAUUCCGCUACAUUCGGAUUGUAGGAAUGUAUGGCUUCUUGUAUAAUAUGUUCCGUAACAUUUCGACA